AUGUUGAGAUUGUCUAGCAAUGUAUUAAAGAACAGUUGUGUUUGUCAAGUCAGUUCUCCUCGUCUGACAUCGAAAACACCAAUGUCACAAAUCUCUCAAUUACAUACCACUACUCCUUGGUUGCAGGAGCAUCGUGUUGAAACUGAUGCGUUUGGUGAAAUCAAGGUCCCAGCUGACAAGUACUGGGGUGCUCAAACCCAACGUUCCUUUGAGAACUUCAGAAUUGGUGGUCAGCGUGAAAGAAUGCCAGAAGCUGUGGUUCAUGCUUUUGGGAUUUUGAAAAAAGCUACAGCUACUGUCAAUGAAGCCAAUGGUCAAUUGGAUCCCAAAUUGGCUGUCGCCAUCAAGCAAGCUGCUGAUGAAGUUGCUAGUGGUAAAUUAAAGGACCAUUUUCCAUUGGUCGUUUUCCAAACCGGUUCGGGUACUCAGUCAAACAUGAAUGCUAACGAAGUUAUUUCCAACCGUGCUAUCGAGUUAUUAGGUGGUAAACUGGGAUCUAAAUCUGUUCAUCCUAACAAUCACAUCAACAUGUCUCAAUCUUCGAACGACACUUUCCCUACCGUGAUGCACAUUGCAGCAGUUUUAGCGAUUACCAAAGAUUUGUUACCAAACUUGACCGCUCUAAAGGAUUCCUUGCAAAAGAAGAGUGAAGAAUUCGCAGAUAUUGUCAAGAUCGGUCGUACUCACUUACAAGAUGCUACUCCGUUGACUUUAGGUCAGGAAUUCUCCGGUUACGUACAACAAGUUGCUAACGGUAUAAAACGUGUGGAAUCUACUUUGGACAGCUUAAAGCUUUUGGCCCAAGGUGGUACUGCCGUUGGUACCGGUUUAAACACUAAGAUUGGUUGGGCUGAAAAUGUUGCCGCUGAAGUCGCUAAGGAAACUGGUAUUGAUUUCCAAACUGCUCCUAACAAAUUUGAAGCACUAGCAGCUCAUGAUGCCGUUGUGGAAGCUAGUGGUGCUCUAAACACUCUUGCCGUAUCUCUCUUCAAGAUUGCCCAAGAUAUUCGUUACUUGGGUUCUGGUCCUCGUUGUGGUUAUGGUGAGUUGUCCUUACCUGAAAAUGAACCAGGUUCUUCUAUCAUGCCUGGUAAAGUGAACCCAACUCAAAAUGAAGCCCUAACCCAAGUCUGUGUUCAAGUGUUUGGUAACCAUUCUGCCAUCACUUUUGCUGGUGCAUCUGGUCAAUUUGAAUUGAACGUUUUCAAACCAGUGAUGAUCUCUAACUUGUUAAGCUCCAUCAAUUUGUUAAGUGACGCUUCUUAUUCUUUCCGUGUCCAUUGUGUUGAUGGUAUUCAAGCAAACAGGGAAAAUAUCGCCAAAUUGUUACAUGAAUCUCUAAUGCUUGUUACCGCAUUGAACCCUAAGAUCGGUUACGAUGCUGCUUCUAAGGUUGCAAAGAACGCUCACAAGAACGGCAUUACUCUAAAGGAAUCUGCCCUACAACUAAACAUUUUAACGGCAGAAGAAUUCGACCAUUGGGUGGUUCCUGAGCACAUGAUCGGUCCUAAACCAUAA